ACGCGCCAGAAACGCUAACCAAACACAAGCUCCGCAAUAUGGCGCUGUGCUUUUGUCAGUUUCACAGUCUACUCGCUUCUUGUAGCCGGGACUGCCGAGAGCGAAAGAACCCGUAACGGUCGCGCCGUUCGCAAACGCAUCUGUUUUUCUCUCGCGACGCGAGUCGAGUUAUGUUAGGUCAAGGGUCAGAUUAGGUUACGGAGGGGAAGGAGGACGCGGUUUAUGGCGUUUACGAAUUCCUUUAGGUGGUCGCGUUUCUUCAGAAUACAUUUUCUUUCUCUGUUAUUUUCAUAUUCCGUGCCACAAAUUGUAUGUAUGUACAAUUGAGGUUAUGUAUCGAAAAUUAUCUUGUAGGUUAUGUUGUUAAAGAUUAAACGGAUUGUAAAGGAAUAUGAUAUGAACUAAUGAGGCGGCACGACAAAGUCCCUUUCUCCUUGAGGCGUUUAAACAUUGAAAAUUAUGCCUUUGAGUGACGAAACGAGCGUUGCGAUCGAAGCGAGGAAGGACAGGAAGAGUGUACGCAAACAGAAACGUGCUCAUCACCGACUGCUCAGAGAUAUGAACAUCAAAUGUACCGAGCAACCUACGCAGCACCUGAUGAUUUGCAACGGCGGCCUGGUUACCGGUAUCAAGAGAGAAACGUUGCAAUGUGUGUUAGACGCCCUGAUCUCCAAGUACACUCUGAUAAUGCCAGCGGGCAAGUCGUACUGCUUCGUGACGUGCAACUCGAGGGAGGACGCGACAUGCGUGUACAAUUACAUUCACGGGCGCAUUAAGCUUCCUGGCCAGAAUGGCCCGUUAUAUGUAUGCUAUACUGAAACAGUUUCCACCACUGACUACGUUACGUCCGAUUCUACAUUUCCUCCCGGUCUCACGUUAAUAGAGAAUUUUAUAACGGAGGAACAAGAGGAAACUCUGUUAGGAACGCUCAACUGGGACGAAUGUGAAUCUGUAUCGUCGCAACUGAAACACAGACAAGUGAAGCAUUUUGGAUACGAGUUCGAGUAUGGCACGAACAUGGUGGAUCCUGACAAACCUAUCCCGCCGAUUCCCCAGGACUACAAAUUUCUGCAAACUCUAUUCGACAAGCAUGGUCACAAAUACACUUACGAUCAGUUGACCAUCAACAAAUAUCUGUCUGGACAAGGUAUACCAUCGCACAUCGACACGCACAGCGUCUUCGAGGACACGAUAUUAUCCCUGUCACUUGGAUCAGCGUGCGUCAUGAACUUCAGGAAAGAUGAUCGGAAGAUCGAUGUUCUCCUGCCAGCCAGAUCUCUGUUGAUCAUGACGGAAGAAGCGAGGUACGCGUGGAUGCACGGCAUCUCUCCUCGUCACAGUGAUAUAAUCAAGACAGAAAAUGGGACCACGACGCGGGAGCGUGGUACCAGGGUGUCCUUCACCUUCAGGAAAGUGCGACGGGGCGAAUGCUGCUGUGAUUUCAAAGACUACUGUGAUACCGCGAAACGUGAUACUUUCAUCGAUGCCAAGGUGGCGUCGGGAUUGGAAAAUUCAUAUGUGCACAAAGUUUACGAGGAAAUAUCCAAUCACUUCAGCGAAACACGACACAAACGAUGGCCCAACGUGACUAAAUUCCUCGAAAGUUUGGAAGAGGGCACAUUGUUGUUGGACGUGGGUUGCGGAAACGGCAAGUACCUUUGCGGAGAUCAGAAUGUAUAUAAGAUGGGAUGCGAUCAUAGUUCCGGAUUGAUGGAUAUAUGUCGCAAGCGAGGCUUCGAGGUUCUUCAGUGCGAUUGCCUGUAUCUGCCGUAUAGAGACGAUUCCGUGGAUGCGGCGAUCAGCAUCGCAGUUAUUCAUCAUCUGUCGACUCAGGAACGAAGGCAACGCGCCAUUUCCGAGAUGAUUCGAGUGCUGAGGCCAAGAGGGACGUGCUUGAUCUACGUGUGGGCGAUGGAGCAACGGAAAGAUUCCUCGGAUUCGUUUUAUUUGAAGCACGGCAAAAGAAGCAAGGAGACGGAAAAGGUCGACCGAAGCGCAAUCAAUCAAAGAAUCUCCGAGUGUCACUUAACGUUACCGAUACACGAAAACAGAACGAACUUCGCUCACAGUGACAUGCUGGUUCCCUGGAAGAAGAAGAGCGGCGAAUGUUUUCUGAGAUAUUAUCAUGUAUUUCGGGAAGGCGAGCUCGCGAAACUGUGCAUGGAAAUACCCGCGGUCUCAAUCAAGAAGGUGUACUACGACCAAGGCAAUUGGUGUGUGAUUUUGGAGAAAUGUACAGAGAUCGUGGAAUAAAAACUAAAUUGACAUCUGA